UGAGCAGUGUGUCUUGAGUGUGUGGUGCUUGUUUUUGUCUUAACAUACAUAUGAAAUCAUAAGUCACUCUCUCACGAUCUCUCCCUCUCCCUCUCUCGAUGUGUGUACACACACGUUUGAGCGAAAAAUGCUUCGGAAGAGAGUGAAUAGCAUAUAAAUCAGCUAGUUUGUAACCAGUUCAUUUUCAUCAAUGAAUACGAGCAGUAGCAAAGUAUCGAAUGGUGCGCGCAUAAGUGAAAAAAAGCAAGCAAAAAACGCUUCAUAUGAGCGUAAUGUUCAAUCAUAACAAGAAAAACGACCAACUACUCGCAGUUACAUUCACUUGUGUAUGAAGUGACCAUCGAAAAUUCCGUGACAAUAGCCAAUGAAAUGAACAUUUUGAAUAAGAAUGUGCAAAUAUUUCGAUAUGAUAAAAUUGUAGCCCAAAUCAAAAGAAACGACCGCGCAUUUGCAUAAAAAAUAUUUUUUUUUCUCGCUCCAUUCAAUACGGUGUUAUUUAAUAGAAACAGCGACAGAGUGAGAAAGAAUAUAUAGAAAAAAAAUCGAUAAAACAAAACGAUGAAAUAUGAGGAACUACAGCAGUGAUAUGAAUCAACGACGUCUUUUGCACAAGUGAAAUCAAUUCGAAAUUAUAAAUAAACGCAGGACGACGAUGAAUAACAAUACUGAACAAUUAUGUUAUCUCUGUAAGACGAGUUGUUGUUAGACAGACACAAAAAGAAGAAGAACGACGACGACGACGCUACAAAUAAACUAUUUGCACUCAAAAUGCGCGGCCGCCGAAUUCCAAUAGCCCUACCAAAUACCGGAGCACUGGCUCGUAAACGAAAUUCAUUUUAUUUACGAGCCAUUGUCGUAAUUUGCUUGGUACUGUUUGCCGUUCUACAAUUACAUUUAAUAAACAGUCCCGAUUAUCGGGAGCAUUCGAUAAAUGAAUUGGCAAAUGACUCGUCGGCGGCCAUUCUGCAAAUGGUGCCGGUGGUUUAUCGUAAAUUUUUAACGAUGAAAUCACGCAAUCAAACCAUUUACCAAAAAGGUAAUAGCACAACCGAAGGACAAAACCAUCCAACGCAAUCGUCCAAUGUGAUAGAAAUGUUACGAAACAUUGCACGAUACAAUGAACUACAGUCGAUUCUCAACGAAGAUCUGUUCGGUCCAUUGCAAAAUGAUUCUGUGAUAAUUGUUGUGCAGGUUCACACUCGAAUCGAGUAUUUACGACAUUUGAUCGUGAGUUUGGCACAAGCUAAAGAUAUUUCCAAGACUUUGUUGAUAUUUUCUCAUGAUUAUUACGACGAAAAUAUAAAUGAUUUGGUGCAAACAAUUGACUUUUGUAAAGUCUUACAGAUAUUUUAUCCGUAUUCGAUACAAACACAUGAGCACGAGUUUCCAGGCGAAGAUCCAAACGAUUGCCCACGCAAUCUCAAACGAGAUCAAGCAAUCGUUCGCAAGUGUAAUAAUGCACUUUAUCCAGAUCUAUACGGCCAUUAUCGUGAAGCUAAAUUCACUCAGACGAAACAUCACUGGUGGUGGAAAGCGAAUCGCGUUUUCGAUCAAUUGGAUGUCACGCGACAUCACACAGGUUUGGUGUUGUUCCUCGAAGAAGAUCAUUAUGUCGCUGAAGACUUCCUGCAUUUGCUCGCGCUAAUGCAGAAGCGAGCAAAUGAGCUAUGCACUAAAUGUAACAUCUUAUCGUUGGGAACGUAUUUAAAGACAUUCAACUAUUAUACGUACGCAAAUGUGAACAAGAAAUCGUCAUCUGGCGAUGGAAUGCAUAGAAUAAAAACGGAAAAACGUGCCACGGAAACAUGGGGAUACCAAAUAUUACCUACGCUUUAUUCCACCUAUCAAAAGGUCGAGGUGAUACCCUGGGUAAGCAGUAAGCAUAACAUGGGCUUUGCAUUCAAUAGAAGCACAUGGCGAGAUGUUGUGCGAUGUGCUAACCACUUUUGCACGUACGAUGACUAUAACUGGGAUUGGUCACUGCAGCACGUAUCACAGCAAUGUCUAAAGAAGAAAUUGCAUGCGAUGGUUGUCAAGGGACCGCGCGUCUUCCACAUUGGUGAAUGCGGCGUGCAUCAUAAGAAAAAGAACUGUGAGUCAAAUCAGGUCAUUUCGAAAGUUCAGCAAGUUCUUCGUAUUGCGACCAAAUCACACCAAUUGUAUCCAAAGAGUCUAACGUUAACCGUGGCCAGUGUCGUCAAAAAAUCGAAACUACGCAAGGGCAACGGCGGCUGGUCGGACGUCAGAGAUCACAACCUAUGUUUAAACGUUACUUGGGCCGGCUAUAAUUGAUCGAAACACAUUCGAAUCCCCUGGAGCACUGAACAAUGAUUCAUUUUUAUGGCGAAAAAAAUGAUGAUGUUCUUUUUUUAUAUCUAUAGAUAAUCUAUUUAUAAAUAGAAAAUGUCAUGUCGAAGAAAAUUGCAGCAGCACUCGAAGAGUGCCACAAGUGAAUUGAAAUUCAAAUCACCUAUGUUCAUUUCUUCUCUCGGUUUUGUGAUAUAAUACUUCGAAUUUCGUGGUUAAGCUUAUUUAUUUUUAAGAGACAUAGAUAUUUUAUUUUUUAAGGACAAAAUAAUGACAAAACAAUUUUUUUUUUUUCGUUUUCAAUAUCUUUAACGUAUUUUUUUCUCCUCUUCGUGGAAUUGCAGGACAACAUGUUUUUCGUUCGUUUGAUUUACGUGUAAAAUGAAUAGAAAAGAAAUUAUCUAGUACAUUUGUUCAAUAAUCUAGUCAAUGCAAAAUUUUCCAAAGAAACGCGGUUCAGAAUUCGAUCAAAACUCUAGUCAAAAUCAAAAUUUACAAUCAGCUUUUGAAAACACUAAAAAGAUUGCCAAUUAAAAUGAACAACCUUGCAGAAUGGAUAACCGUUAACCAUAAAUAAAAUACAUAAUUGUAAUGUCUCCGUCUUUCGUUUUAUUUUGGACAGUGAAUGUUUAUUCGUGGAUGUAGUGUUUGAGAUAAACUUAAAAUUAAAACGCAACAUGUUGAUUUCAACGAGCUUUUUUUUUAAAACUAUUUCAACGCAGAUCCAUCACAUGGAACACACCUCAAAAUAUACAACAAAAGAAUAACAAUUUUUUCUUCUUUGUGUAUAAAAUAUUUCAUGGGAACUACCCAAGAAACAUUCAUGUAACGCAAUUUAGUCAUUUUUAACGUUAAAAGAUGUAACGUUUUCAGACUUUUUUUCCGUCAAAAUCGACUGAAAUUUCAGUGUAAACCAACUGUAUGAAUAUUGGGAACGAGAAAAUGUUAGAUUUUAAAUUAAAGAGAAAAGAAUUAUGUAUCAAUUAAUAGUGUUCACAAAAAUAGCAUAAAAUUCUAUGAUUUAAAUUGUU